AUGGCCAGCGGGUGUUUGCAAAUUGAGAAUGAGAGGGGACAAAAGAGGCCCUGCAUCAGCUCUCUGCUGAACUCGACGUCAUAUUGCACGGAAUUUCUGGGCGUUAUCCACUACCACUACGACUACAAGAUGCACGGGCAUCGACCAGACUCCAAUGGCGGCAGUGGUACAUGUCCAGCAAGCCAAACUGGCUUCGUAAUGCUGUUCGGUCGGUUGGAUUUUGAUCACGCCGUCGAGGAGCCCCAACGGUUACUGUUCCAUUUCUAUCCGUACUUCGUAGUGUCGAGAAAUGCCCAACGGACCGUCGAGCCCGGUCAAGGAGGCUUGAGCCGCUGCGGCUACCACCAUGACGAUCGUCUGGUCACAGCGUCGGAAGAGCCCACGAAUAUCAACCUGCCCUGGAACUUGGAAGAGCCCUCUAAGUUGCGUACCACUCUAAGGGACAUUGCGGGGGAGGACCACCCAGGUCUCCCUUACCCCUCUCCUCCCAUCGACCUCUUCCACACUCCCGUCCUAAGACAAACCCGCAAGCUACGCAGUUGGUGGGCGACUAAAACCCAUCACCGGAUCAUCUUGAAAGGGUCACAAGCAAUCUCCAACUUGCUCACGAGAGGGAAGUCACGAACCUAUACCUGGCUCCUGGCUCUUUUCGGUUUCAACUUCCAGCUGACCCCACGGCUUGUCAGCUCGUACCCAUACAAAGCCCCUAGAUAUACGGACAGCUCCACUUCUUCUCAGCCAGUUUGCGUCAUCGCCUGCUUGGACCAGCUUGAACGUCCGACUUACGAUAUCCCGAUUACCGCCCCCCCCCUCGGCAUCCACUACCGUUGA